AUGUUCAAGGAUUUGGCGGCGAUCAGUGAUGGGCAACCAUUCUACCAUGUGGACAUACAAGAUGUCACAAACGGACUAACUACAAGCAUUUUGAGGCGGCGCUUGCAAAAGGGCUUCGGAGAUUUACUACUUGAAUGCUCCGUCGUCGAGUGCCCCCAGCCUACAGGGCUUGAUCUUAGCCAGCCCUGUCCUGAACAAAAUGGCCAUGUGACGCUGUUCAUUGGCGGAGAGCCCAAGGAGGCUUUCAUUUCAUGGCUGCGGAGAAUGCGACAGUGCGUUGUUAGAGAGUGUUAG